CCAAUUAAACUGCCAUCCUCAGCUAUUUCGUGUGACAAUGCUACCUAUAUUAUGAAUUUAACCUACCUCACCUCCUUUCAUUUCAUUAUAACUCCCCUCUCUCUUUCUCUCUCUUAGAACCAUCGUUCAAUGGAACACCCAAAGGACUUAUGUCCAGGAACUUCUGCCAUAGUUUUUCUCCUUCUUACUGGCCUUCUCUACUUAUGUGUAUGGUCUCCUUCAAACCCUUUACUUCCCUUCCAUGAACCCAAUGGUUCACCCAAAAAUUAUACUGGCGUAGAGUUCCUUGUGAAAGAUGAGCUUGAUUUGGCGUUGGAGGAAGCUUCGAUGCCGAACAAGACCGUCAUAAUCGCGGUUGUAAAUAGGGCUUACGUUGAGCAAAGCGUUAAUGCGGAGACCACAAUGCUGGACCUUUUCCUGGAGAGCUUUUGGGUGGGGGAAGAUACGAGGGCAUUGCUGGAGCACUUGCUUCUGGUUACGGUGGAUCAGACGGCUUACGAUCGGUGCAUGUUCAAGCGGUUGCACUGUUACAGGUUGGUGACGGAGGGUGUGGAUUUCGGGGAGGAGAAGGUUUACAUGUCCCGGGAUUUUGUAAAGAUGAUGUGGAGAAGAACUCUGUUCCUUUUGGAUGUGUUGAGGCGCGGCUACAGUUUUAUUUUCACGGACACAGAUGUAAUGUGGCUACGAAAUCCAUUUGCGAAGCUAAGCUUAAAUGGAACCGAGGAUAUUCAAAUAAGCGUGGAUAAAUUUUACGGUGACCCACGACCCGAGCAUAAUUUGAUCAACACAGGCUUCUACCAUAUUAGAUCAAAUAAUAGGACCAUCUCUUUGUUCGAAAAAUGGUAUUCACUCAACAAUUCUACGUGGAAAAAAGAGCAAGAUGUGUUGAUAGACCUACUUCGACAAGGGAUCGUCACCCAGUUGCAUCUCCGAGUAAGGUUCCUAGAGACGAGGCAUUUCAGUGGCUUUUGUGAAGACAGUCGAGACGUCAGCUACGUAACCACGGUCCAUGCGAAUUGUUGCCGCCACAUAAAUGCAAAGGUUAGGGAUCUAACCGCCGUCCUCCGCGAUUGGAAGAGGUUCAAGGCGGCUGUGACCAAGUAUCCCAAUGCUGCUGGUAAUAUAACUAUGAGCUUUGGCUGGUCACCGCACAGUGGAUGUUGGAAUUCAUGGAAGCCUCAACAUUAACUUAAACGUAUUGGUUUAGUUUUGCAUUUAUUCUUUCUAAUAAAAGAUAGAUCCAUUGUUCACGGUGUUGUUAAGGUAAAUCUUAGUUAUUUUGAUGCGGAAAUAUAAAUCAAUUUCAUACGUCAA